CUCUUCUGUCUGGCUGCACUUCACACAGAUCUAACUGGGAACCUGUGAACUAUGGAGAGAAGUGAGACGUGGGAGAGAAGGAGUGUUGAUGAGAUGCUCAAAAGAGAGGAGGAAGAGGAGGAGGAAAAUGUCCUGGUUGAGAGCCUCAGACAAGAGGUGGAGGGCCAGGAGGAGCUGGAGGUCUCCGACACUGAAGAUGAGGAGGGAUCCACUCCCCUCAUCACUGCCUGUCAUAAAGGCAUGACUGAGGUGGUACAGCGGCUGCUGAGGGGUGGGGCUGAUAUGACCCUGUGCAACUACAGUCAGCAGACAGCGCUCCACAUGAGCCCUCCUGAGCUCCAGGGAAAAGUGUUGGGGUGGAUGUUGAGGCCUCAUCUGCCUCCCCAGGCACAGCUGCUGCAGGCUGCCUGGCAGGGAGACCUGCACUCCCUACAGAACCUGCUGUCUCAGACAGACAGGGUGGAUGUGAAUGUGCCUAACAGCGACGGCGUGACAGCUGUGAUGCUUGCUGUUAGGGACAUUGACCUGUUUGAGGGCAUAGCGACACUGUUGCCAUGGGAACACAGACCUGUGGAGGUGGUCAAGGAACUGCUGGGACUCUCGGUUGAUCUGCGAGUACGAGACCACAGUGGCUGCUCUGCUCCCCACUACGCUGCAAACAUCAACAGCCCUCUGAAGGAGGAGAUCAUUCACAUGAUGGUCGAGGCCCUAAGUCACACAGAUGCUGCCCCCAUGUCCCUCCUAGCCCUCGACAAAUACUCGUGCCAGGAUUUGGAUUCAGAGUUUGGAGAUUCAGACGUAGAGCUGGACCUUGAGACCCUUUAUCCUAAUCAGUCGACAGCUGCCUCCCCCACGCAGACACCAACCCAGCAACACCACUUUCUACUAUACAGCCAGACAGGGGAAGUGCUGGAGUCUCCAGGGUACCCUCCUCUAUCUGAGCAUCAUAAAGGCCUCAGCCAAGGAGGGAGGCGUGACUGGGUGGGAGGGGUCUCUCACACAAUACGACCUCUCAGCUGGGAAACCUGCUUGCCUGUCAUGAACCUCAGCCACAACAGCAUGGCUGAGACAUAG